ACUUAUGUUAUUUUCGUUAACACAGUUAAACAUCCAUGGCAGGGUGAACAAAGUUAGAGGAAUUACUGCUACUUAAGAAGAAAUCAGAGACGCUCUCUAGAAACUGAGCAAGAAAUGGCGGGUUUAUUGGCAUGGGCAGCAGAUGUAGUAGGCGGCGGGCAAAGCAACGACGAAGAUGACAACAACCCCAAUUCGAUUCCUUUAAUCUUUACACCAGAACAACAAACCUACCUUCAGGAUUUGAAUCGAAAGGCCACUUCUCUUAGCCGUACGAUCCAAGAUCUACGGCUCAGACUCCCUCCUCCUGACAUCUCACAGCGUCUUCCUCAUCUCCACGCUCACUCCCUUGCUUCUAAUAAUGCUCUCGCUCUUCAACUUAAUGCUCACUCUGCUACUAAAGAACAGGCACAAUUAAGAGAAAUUACUCUGCAAGAAGAAAAUUCCGAGUAUGAGAAGGCUAUCUCAAGUUAUGAGAAUAAGAUUCAGGAGAAGUCAAAGGAAGCAGACCUUCUACACAGCAAGUUGAAGGAACUGGCCUUAAUUGAGGAAAACUUGAAGUCAGAGUUAGAACAGGCACAGGCUGCAGCAGCCAGCCAGUCUAAAUCAAAUGAUUUUCUGAUUAAAAAUAAUGGUGAAGAUCAAGAAGAUGAGGAAUCCGCAAAUUCUGCAUUGCUGGAGAAAUUAGAGGAGAGAAAGAAAGAACUGACAUCAAUGGAAGAAGCAGUUCAUGACAUGGAGAAAAAAUGGGCAAAAAUUCAAGAUUAUGCGCUCAAGCAACCUUCCCCAGCUCAGCGAGAGAAAAUAUUGGAUAAGCAGCUUCAUAGUCUAAUGGAGCAACUUGCUUCAAAGCAGGCCCAGGCGGAGGGCCUAGCUAACGAAGUCCAUCUAAAGGAGAUGGAAUUAGAAAGAUUGAAUGGCCUUUGGAGUAAGCUUGAAGCUAGCAAUGCCGAUAUUAAUGCUGCCCGGAAUAGGUAUACAAGAAGCAGCAUCGACAGGGGACGUGUUUCUUCAGAUUAUAUUGUUGAUCCUCGUCAAAAGCCUGGCAGAAUGGAGAAUUUGCAGAAGCUUAUGUUGCUUAGGUCAGCUUUCGUUGUGUACAUUUUAGCACUCCAUAUUUUGGUAUUCAUUAAGAUAUCAUUCUAGAGUUGAGCCCAGUAGUAUUUGCUUCGUGAAUUUUUGUUAAACUUUUAAAUGUAUAAAAUGUAAAAAGUCCCUGCAUACAAUGUAGUUUGCUUGAGAAGGAACAUGUAUAACCUGUAAUUUCUGCCUAGAAAUAUUUGAAUAUUCACAAUAGUAUUGUCUACUCGGUUAUAAUGUAACUAGCUUCUGUUCUUUGUUCUAA